AGAAAAGCUGAUGCUGUUCAGUGAUCUCUCUGCCUUGUCAGUUUUAAGGAUUUUAUUCAGUCUUGGAGGGUUUAAUGAAGGUUGCUGUACUUCUUCGUGAUAUCCCAGAGCUAACCCACUGCUGCUUUAUUUUUUGGCCUAGAUAAAAUACUAAAUAAUAAUCUGCAUAGUACAGAGCUGAUAAAUUUCCUGCUUCAUUUCCUCCUUAAACUUAGGAGAGCUUUUAAAGUUAGAUUGAAGUGAAUUCUUUUUGCUGCUGAACCUGUUUUCUGGCUGUGGAAUUUAUGUGUGAGCUUGAGGAGGUUGCAAGGGCUUGUGGAAAAUCCUGCAUGAUGGGAAAUCUGACCUAGCUUGGCAGCAUGAGGCAGGUAGAGUCAGAAAGUUAGUUUUUGUAAGUUAAAAAAGACUGUUCCACGCAUCAAAUGAAUGUAUCUCUCUGGAGCUGUUCUGCAGAUGUUCCGUACAGGGUUAAAUCAUAUUUUCUGACAUUUGAAGAGCAAACAUCACCAUGGCGUCAUAAAUUGUCAAUCCGCAGAGAGUGUGGCACUCCUCCCUACCUCCAGCUUUCCUUCAUUAUUGUGCUGUUUUUAUCAGGACUUUUGAUUUCAUCCCCACUGGGUGUGCAGUGGCCUGCCUCCGUGUCAGAGCACAGGAAGCAGUUUGCGGAUUAGGGAGAGCCAUGGCCUCGAGCUUGUAUGUCUUUCACCUCUUCUAUAAGUUCAAAAUGGUGGUGCUUGUCAUUUUGUGUUUGAUGGUACUAUGGGCCACAUUCAGUUACUUUGUGGACACCAGACAGGAAAUUUCUAAAGCUUUGAUCGUGGUAAAGGAUUUCAGAAAGGUGGCUAGCCUGGAGGACAGUCAAAAAGAAGAGAAUUUUGAAUCAACUGUGGAAAUUCCCACGGUGAAGUCAUUUCAGGAUCCCUGCCCAUCUCUGUCUCCAUACCUGCGAGGUGCCAACAAACUCUCCUUCAAAGCAUCUCUCACACUAGAAGAAGUGGAAAAGGAGAACCCUCAUGUAGCCAAGGGCCGGUAUCGCCCUGCAGAGUGCUCAGCAUUGCAGCGUGUGGCCAUCCUCAUCCCACACCGCUAUCGAGAGAAGCAUCUGCUGUACCUCCUGGAGCACCUCCACCCUUUCCUACAAAGGCAGCAGCUGGACUACGGCAUCUACGUUAUUCACCAGGCUGGCAACACCAAAUUUAAUCGAGCUAAACUGCUGAAUGUAGGAUACCUAGAGGCCCUAAAAGAAGAGAACUGGGACUGUUUCAUUUUCCAUGAUGUGGAUCUGGUGCCAGAAAAUGACUUUAAUCUUUACAUGUGUGACAGACAACCAAAGCACCUUGUAGUUGGCAGGAACAGUACUGGAUACAGGUUACGGUACCGGGGAUAUUUUGGAGGUGUAACUGCUCUAACAAGAGAUCAGUUUUCCAAGGUGAAUGGAUUCUCUAACAAAUACUGGGGUUGGGGUGGAGAAGAUGACGACCUUCGAAUCAGGGUCGAGAUGCAGAAGAUGAGAGUGGUGAGGCCAUCUGCUACUGUAGGCAGGUACACGAUGAUCUUCCACAACCGAGACCAUGGUAACGAGGAGAACAGAGGGAGGAUGAAGCUUCUACAUGAGGUAUCAAAAACAUGGAAAACAGAUGGGCUGAACUCUUGUUCCUAUAAACUGCUCUCAGUGGAACACAACCCUUUAUACAUCAACAUCACAGUGGAUUUCAGCAUGCAGCCCAAGAUCUCAUAAGGACAAACACUACACAAGUUAUAGGAAAUGGCAACACAUCUUUCUUGUGGCUGCUGUUAGAGCAGGUGACUCCCAGCACUCUGCUUGAAAGAGUACUUCAGUAGCACAGAAGAAAGUUUUUCUUCACAGCAUCUAAUUGAGUGGUUGAGAAUUUCCUUUGGGGUGGACUGGAGAUACAGACUGACCUGAGGGACAGGUCCUCAUGUUCUUCUAUGCACUUUCUGCUGGGACAUUUGCAAAUGGGUCCUUGUUCAGGCUGGUCCAGUGGAAGGGCUUGAACCUGAAAAGUCUCCUGAAAAAAGCCUUGUUCUAGCACCUAUUCCUGAACUACUUAUUUGUAAGGCAGCCUAGCACUGCUGUGACUUCAAAAGGAACAGGCCAGUCUUUUCUCGUUAAAAGCACAAGAAUUCCUCACCAGCUACAAACUUGCUGAGAAAAAGCUCUGUUUUUUUCCAAUGAGGAAAAAGUGCUUCUGUGCAAGGGAAGGGCAAUGAUGGGAAUAGGCAAGGAAAUGCAAAACAUCUCAAUAAAUACACAUCAUCAAAUUUAAA